AUGCAGCGCCUGAAGCGAGGCCUUCGGGAUUUGUUGCCUUAUUGUCAGCGCCAAGUUUCCUCAUCUCGGAACUCCAACAGCAAAAACGACCGGAGGAACCGCAAGUUCAAGGAGGCUGAGCGGCUCUUCAGCAAGUCCUCGGUCACCUCGGCAGCGGCGGUCAGUGCAUUAGCUGGAGUUCAGGACCAGCUCAUUGAGAAGCGGGAGCCAGGCAGCGGCACAGAAAGUGACACUUCUCCAGACUUCCACAAUCAGGAGAAUGAGCCCAACCAGGAGGAUGCUGAAGAGCUGGAUGGGUCUGUGCAGGGGGUGAAACCCCAGAAAGCUGCUUCCUCUACUUCUUCUGGGAGCCACCACAGCAGCCACAAAAAACGGAAGAACAAAAAUCGACACAGCCCGUCUGGCAUGUUUGAUUAUGACUUUGAGAUUGAUCUCAAGUUAAACAAAAAGCCAAGAGCCGUCCUGCUGACCGGCAGCAGCCCUUUGGCUGCCACAAGACCGGGUCCCCAUGGGCAGGCAGCGCGGCCCACUGGUGCCGAGGUGGAGGCAGCUCCUGUGGGCUGGGUGCUGGUGGCUCCUGUCGCUCUCCGGGACAACACUCCAGGCGCUGCGGUGGCUCUGGAGGCUGGCAUGGGUCGGGCAGUGGUGGAGCAGCAGUGGCGUGGCGACACCAGCGAGGCCGUGCUGGGGAGGCUGGAGGCGCUGGAGGCCGACGUUCGCUUCCUCUGCACCGAGCUGGGUGCUGAGAAGCUGCUGUGGAGCAGCCGGUUCCUGGAGCUGCUGCAGGAGCAGCAAGGCCUGCGCCAACGGGAACGCCCGUGGCGGUGGGACAGCGGCGACAGCCCUGAGCUGCCAGGGGAAGCAGAGGACCAAAGUGCCAGUGGGAGCGAGAGACAGAGCCCGGCAGGUAGCGGCUGGGGCCUUGGGGUGACGGGCAGCCAGUGGUCAGGGAGGGGGACGACCUGCCACCUGCAGCCAGACCUGGGACGGGGCAACAUGCUGAGCUCGGCCAGCGAGCAGCAUGGGGAACCCACCAGCUCCCACCUGGGCACUGGGCAGCACUGGACACCGGUGGAUGGAGCCACCCUGGCAGCCGGCCCCGUGCCCAGGCAGCCUUCUGAGGCCCACAGCUCCGUGACAGGCAGAAAAUGUAAGUGA